AUGGCGUGCCCGCUGCUCGUGCCCGGGCUGCGGAGGUGGCCGCUGCUCUGGCUUCUGCUGCUGGCGCCGUCCGCCCUCGCCUGGGACAGCGGGGACUUGGAGCUCUUCGACCUGGUGGAGGAGGUCCCGCAAAACUUCUACGCCUUCCUGGGAGUGGAGCAGGAUGCGUCGUCAGCAGACAUUAGGAAAGCGUAUCGCAAGCUUUCGCUAAUAUUACACCCAGACAAGAAUAAAGACGAAAAUGCAGAAAUUCAGUUUAGACAACUGGUGGCCAUCUACGAGGUUUUAAAAGAUGAAGAGCGAAGGCUUAGGUAUGAUGAUAUUCUGAUCAAUGGGCUACCAGAUUGGCGGCAGCCUGUAUUCUAUUACAGGCGAGUGAGGAAAAUGAGCAAUGCUGAAUUGGCAUUGCUGUUGUUCAUUAUCCUCACAGUGGGUCAUUAUGGUGUAGUUUGGUCAAUCUACCUGGAAAAACAACUGGAUGAACUGCUGAGCAGGAAAAAAAGGGAGAAGAAGAAAAGGACCGGAGGGAAGAAUAUAGAUGAAGUGAAACUUGGUGGAGACAAGAAUGAAAGGUUGCUAGAUAAACCACAGUGGCGAGAUUUGCUUCCAUGCAAACUGGGUAUAUGGUUCUGUUUAACAGUGAAAGCACUACCUCAACUAUUUCAGGAAGCCAGAAAACUGUAUACAGAAUAUAAAGAAACAAAAAUGAAGGAGAAGGAAGAAGCCCAGGUGAGAGCUGAACUGGAAACGCUUCCAAAGGAGAAGAAACCUAAAGUCAAGAAGCCGAAACCUGAAUUUCCUAUAUACACACCAGCAGAAACAAAUGAAUAUGUACCGUCAUAUGACCAUGUUACUUCUAUUGAAGAGAUUGAAGAACAGAUGGAUGACUGGUUGGAAGACAGAAACAAGUCACUCAAAAAGAAGGCACCUCAGUGGACGGAAGAGGACCUUAGCCAACUGACAAGAAGUAUGGUUAAGUUCCCAGGGGGGACGCCUGGUCGAUGGGAAAAGAUUGCUCACGAAUUGGGUCGAUCAGUGGCAGAUGUCACUGUGAAAGCCAAGCAGAUUAAGGAUUCUGUUACAUGUGCUCCAGGUAUUAUUAGGCUCUCAGAGCUGAAAAUGCUGGCCCAAAACUUGAAAUCCAACAAGGCCAGUGUUAACUUGUCAGAUCAUAUAAUCACGCAGAGAGAAGAGGAGGAGGAAGAGGAAGAAGCCGCAAAAUACAGCCGUGAGCCAGAGCCAUUGGAAAUGGCAGUAACAGAUCCGCAGCAGACAGCACUGAGUGAAGCCAGACACCGCAAGCGGAAAACCACUGCCAGAGCUGACACUGCGUUCCCAAUGGUGAAAGAAACAGAGGAGGAUAAAUGUCGAGGGAGGCGCCAGAAGGACUUUGACACUGCAGAACAAGAGGAGUGUAGUGAUGAUGAGUCCAGGAAAAGGGAGAGAUGUCACAGUUCAGAAGACUUGUGGACUCAAAAUCAACAGAAGCUUCUGGAGCUGGCCUUACAGCAGUAUCCAAAGGGCACAGCAGAGCGCUGGGAUAAAAUUGCAAAAUACGUGCCAGGGAAAAGUAAGGAGGAAUGUAUGGCUAGAUACAAGUUGCUGGUUGAACUCAUACAAAAGAAAAAAAUGGCCAAGAGCUGAAUACCUGGAAGAAUUGUGCUUACCGGAUUAAGAUAUUUUAAACAUCGUAUGCAGUAAUGUGUAUUUUUGUAUGUCAGUAUUUCAGUACGUCAUGUGCCUUAGUAAUACAAAUAAAUAACUUUUAUGCCUUUAAAAUU